UUCAGUAAUAUUCUUCCAACCGCCUUCUUCAAAUGGGAGGCUGAGUAAUUCUGAUUGCACCUGUGUUCGUGUAGCGCUGUAUAUAGUAAGCAGCUAUGUGAUAAAGACGGUUGGUGCUUCUUCCCAAACACGGUCUUCACGCUCUCGUGCCUCUCAGCCAAUCAGCGGCCUGCUCUGUAAACUCAGUAACGCUGAACUCGCUCGCGCUGGAUUGGUCAUAUAGUCCAAUAGGAAGUUUGUAGCGUUGGUUCCAUUUAAGAAAUUGUCCUGUCGACAUUAUUUAUUGUUAACAUGCGUUUGUCAUAUAUCGCUCUUCUUUGCCUCGGUGUCCUACACACAGUGGGGGUGUUCGCGGAGGGAAGCGGCGACGUGCUCGAGCUCGAGGACGCCGGUUUUGAGCGGCGUGUAGCCGAGCACGAGACCUUGCUCGUGGAGUUCUUCGCGCCGUGGUGUGGUCACUGUAAGAGGUUAGCUCCUGAAUAUGAAGCUGCUGCUACCAGGCUAAAGGGCACAGUACCUCUAGCAAAGGUCGACUGCACUGCAAACUCUGAGACAUGUGAGAAGUUUGGGGUGAAUGGGUAUCCCACUCUAAAAAUCUUUCGAAAUGGCGAGUUGGCCUCUUCAUACGAUGGCCCUCGGACAGCGGAUGGCAUUGUGAGCUAUAUGAAGAAGCAGGCUGGCCCAAGCUCUAUAGCUCUACACAGUGAAGCUGAGUUGGAUGCUUUCAUAAAUGGUUUUGAUGCCAGUGUUGUAGGCUUUUUCUCAGGAAGUGAUCAUCUGGAGCUUGCUGCGUUUCUGAAGGCCUCCAGUGCUUUGAGGGACAGCUAUCGAUUUGCCCACACUACAGACCUGGGAAUAGGACUAAAAUAUGGCGUGGACAGAGAGUGCGUCCUUCUUUUUCGGCCUCCACACAUGAGCAACGUGUUUGAGGAUAGUGUGCUGAAGUUUUCUGAUUCUGUCUCAACCUCUACGCUACGCACAUUUCUCAUGGACAACAUUUUUGGCCUUUGUCCUCACCUGACCUCUGAGAACAGAGACAGUCUGAGAUCCAGAGAUCUGCUUACAGCCUAUUAUGAUGUUGAUUAUGUGCGGAAUCCAAAGGGUACAAAUUACUGGAGAAACAGGGUGAUGAAGGUGGCGACUCAGUUCCUGUCUCGUGGGCUGAGUUUUGCUGUGGCUGACCAGGAAGAGUUUCAGGAGGAGCUGGCGGAGGAGUUUGGACUGCAGUUGUCUGAUGGAGGAGAGAUGCCCCUUAUUACUAUCCGGACCAGAGCAGGACACAAGUACAUCAUGCAGGAGGAGUUCACGAGAGAUGGUAAAUCUUUGGAAAGGUUCCUGGAGGAUUAUUUUGCCGAUCACUUAAAGAAAUACAUUAAAUCUGAACCUGUACCAGAAACAAAUGAUGGUCCUGUCAAGGUUGUGGUGGCUGACACUUUUGACGAGAUUGUGAACAAUCCAGAGAAGGAUGUACUCGUAGAGUUUUUUGCUCCAUGGUGCAGCCAUUGUAAAAAUCUGGAGCCUACAUAUACUGAGCUUGGAGAGAAGGUAUGGGAAAUUCCGAGACUGUAUGUCACUGUAUGUCAGGUGCUCACUGAUCUCCGUAUAAUAUUCUUUAUCAUCAAAUGUUUCAGUUGUCUGGUGAUUCCCACAUUGUUGUUGCUAAGAUGGAUGCCACUGCCAAUGAUAUUCCUCCAGAUUAUGAUGUACAAGGCUUCCCAACAAUUUACUUUGCUCCUGCUGGACAAAAAGACCAGCCAAGGCGUUAUGAGGGUGGACGUGAGGUCAGUGACUUCAUCAGCUACCUGAAGAAAGAAGCUACAAAUCCACUGGUCUUUGGCAAUCUAAGGGAUGACCUGUGAAUUUGACCUGACAGUGAGAAAAGUCCAGCAGAUGAUAUCUGUUGACACUGUGGACAAAAAGACAACACAAGUGUUAUUUUGUCCCCAAUUUAGCAAAGUUUUGUUUUUUAUAAUAUUGAUACCUGUCCAAAUUACCAAAUGGGUUACAUGAAGCUGCUUCACUACUGCACAUGUGGAUUACACAUAUAAUAGGUUGAACCUGUAUUUUUGCAGUUUUUAUUAUAAAGUUUGUUAUUGUUGGAGGCCACAAUUUUCUUUGUAUUGUGCAUAUUCAAGGAAAUGACUAACACUUAAACAUUUUACAAUUUUGUGUGUGUGUGU